GAUUCAGUGCCACUACAGGCGACACAUGCGAUAAGAAACGCCAAAAAACUUUUUGCGAAAUACAAAAUCUUUUCAAAAGUUUUUCAACGCUAUCACUAAAUAAUACGAUAUUUUUGUUGGCUUUUAGUUUUUGCGGACAACUUAUACCCCGUAUCUGUCGACUGAUAUACCACUGGACACCGACUGAAGUUGUUUUUACAGCGCUUUUCAAGUGAUUUGUUGUGUGUCUUAGAAAUGAUGAUCUGUUUGUGUGCUGUGUUAUGAUCGCCACAUAUGAGACAACAUCGGCAGCCAAUGUGUGUUAUAUGAUUGUCACCAAUAGCUGGAUGUGUUUUGUGUUGUAUGUGUGAUAUUACUGCCGCCACUCACGAGGUUUAUCGGCCCAGAAAUGGUCCACAAGACGAGGACUAACCAGACAUCCCUAUCAGCCAUGAGAUUGAUUAACAAACUAUUGUUCACCGCUUUUCUGAUACUUAAUUCAUAUCAUCUCAAUGUGCUGGCGUCGGGUGUCUUCGAGUUACGGCUGGCGUCGUUCGCCAACGACUUGAGUCGGGACGCGAUCGGCAACUGCUGUGGGAAUGCCCUGAAAGCCGACGGAUUUAAUAAUAACAAUGAAAAGUGUGGCGAAAAGUGUCAAACAUUUUUUCGCGUCUGCCUUAAGCACUAUCAGACAAAUAUCGACCCCUCGCCUCCCUGUACUUAUGGGGAGGUCAUCACCAAUGUGUUCAACGAGUCGUCCAUCAAUUUUAAGGAUAUUACCGUCGAUCACACCAUACGCUUUCCGUUCAACUUCUCGUGGCCGGGUACCUUUUCAUUGAUAGUGGAGGCCUGGCAUAACGCGUCGGCAUCAUCAUCAUCGCUGUCGACAUCGUCUCGAGGCGUUACGGAAACCAGGACCAGGACACUAAUUACGCGCCUGGCUAUGUCCAGGUAUCUCAAAGUGGACACCAAAUGGACGCAGAAGAGCGCCCACAAUAACCACACGUCCCUUAACUACCAGUACCGGGUGGUGUGUGAGGAGGGCUACUUCGGCGACUACUGCGACACCCACUGUAAGCCCCGGGACGACUCGUACGGCCACUACGGGUGCGGUCUCAAUGGCGACAAGCAGUGCAACCCGGGCUGGCACGGCAUCUACUGCGACAAAGACUCGUACGGCCACUACGGGUGCGGUCUCAAUGGCGACAAGCAGUGCAACCCGGGCUGGCACGGCAUCUACUGCGACAAAGGCCAUAACUGCAAUCAGUGCACUAAAUACCCGGGCUGUCUGCACGGCUACUGUUCCAAGCCGUGGGACUGCCUGUGCCAGGAGGGCUGGGGUGGACUGCUCUGCAAUCAAGACUUGAAUUACUGCACAAACCAUAAGCCCUGCAAGAAUGGUGGCUCGUGUACGAACACCGGCCAGGGAUGGUAUACAUGCGACUGUCCUCUGGGAUACACCGGCAAGAAUUGCGAGCAGGAGAUCGAUAGUUGCGCUCACAAUCCCUGCGCCAACGGCGCGACGUGUAAAAGUACGACAUCCAAUAACUACACGUGCGAGUGUCCGCUCGGCUACUCCGGCAAACACUGCGAGACGAUGGCCAGUAUCUGCACAAACAACCCGUGCUCUAACGGUGCCACCUGUCUGGACGGCCCCAGUGGCUACCUGUGCAUCUGCAAGCCUGGAUAUGAGGGCGAGCACUGCCAGAAACGGCAGACCGAUUGCGACCCCAACCCAUGCAAUAAUGGCGGCAGUUGUGUGACUGUGGGAGCGGACCAAUACGAGUGCAGAUGUCGGGCCGGCUAUACUGGCGAUCACUGCGAGAUAAACAUCAAUGACUGCGACGCCAACCCCUGUCUCAACUCCGGCACCUGUAUCGAUGGCGAGAACACCUUCCGCUGCCUCUGUGUCCCCGGUUUUAUCGGCGACUUGUGUCAGGACAAUGUGGACGACUGUCUGGCCAAGCCGUGCGCCAACGGCGGCCAGUGUCUCGACCUCGUCAACGACUACCAGUGCGAGUGCGGCCCGGGAUUUGCCGGCAAAGACUGCUCUCUCAAUCUGAACGAAUGCGAGUCCAACCCGUGCCUCAAUGGGGGUCUCUGUGUGGACGGUGUCGACGAGUACGAGUGCCGGUGCCCUUCCGGCUACACAGGGGACAGGUGUCAGCAGCCGGUCAUCACAUCGAAACUGUCGCAAAGUUUAACGUCAAACACGUUGAACGACUCGGCGGUGGCGCCGCCAACGGUGGCCGAAAUCCCGGAACCCCUGACCACCAAACAGUGGGUUGUGAUCAGUCUGGCGUCGGUGGCCGUACCCGUGUUGACCGCCAUCGCCGCCCUUUCCAUACUGUACUGUAAGCGGCGUAAGAGUCGACUCCAGUCGCUGAAGCGUAAGGACGAGGAGGAGGUCCGGCGACAGAACGAGCAGAACUUCGUCACCUCAAUGAACAACAAGUGCGCCGACGGCCAGUAUAUGGCACCGAACGCCGGGUGCGAUGUGAUAGUGAACGCGUUGGACAGGCACUCGUCGCUGAGCCACUUGGCCCGCGGCGGCAAAAGUGCGACAUUAAGUAAACUAACAAAUCACGAGAUUUACGACUCCAUACAAAACGUGAAUUACCAGAAACAACAGCAACAACAACAGCACCGGCAGCUGUCUGUGAACGAGAAGUACGCGACCCUCGCGUCCCUCAAAAAGACUGUACCGAACAGUAGUAACAAAGUGCUGAACACUGUGUGCACGGCAGUGGACAGUAGGCCCGUAGUCAACAACAAACUGUGCGCCGAUAGCGCCGGCAAAGUGAUGGCGAACAACCAUUACGACAACAACAGCCAUCAUCAGCACCACUACGCCAGCCAUUUAGUGGUGUCUCAGUCGCCAAUGAAUGCCAUGCAUCACAGCCAGCAAAACAAUAUCACUAAUCAUAUGAACAGCCAGCAAAUACUGGAAAGGAGGGGUAGCCUACCCCAGCAGCAGCACCCACCCCCACACCAUCAGCAAAAUGUUACAAAAUAUAGUGUUUUACAUGAGUUAAAAGUCUAA